AUGCAGGUACGACAGAGGAAAAAUGAAUCCCUUAGAGACUACCUGGCAAGGUUCAACACUGAAGCAUUGCAGGUCCGAAACCUGAACCAAUCUGUGGCUGUUACAGCCAUCCAACAUGGACUCUGCCCCUCACCAUUCAACUUCUCCAUCUCCAAGCACCUCCUGCAGACACUAGCUGACAUAAUGACUCAUGCCCAAAAAUAUAUCAAUGCGGAAGCAGCACAGACACAGAUGCGAGAUGAGGUAGAAAGGCCCGACAAGAAGAGGAGACAUACCAAGGAGCGGAAAUCAGAAAGAUCAAAUCGGGACCGUACGAGGCAAGAUCGCCAACCCAAUCAUAGACCAUGA